AAAUAUGGUCAGACUUCGAUGAAAGACAAAAACGAUUGCGACUAGUAUGAAACACGUUAAAAAAUUGAUUAACCCGAUUUUAAAUUUUAAAUUUUUCUAAUUUUAUAAAUUUUUAUAAUUUAUUUGAUUAGAGUCAUAUGUACCAAUUGACUAAUCAAAUUAAUAAUAUGAUGGAUUUAACCUAUGUUUCAAAAGCAUUCCUUCCUGUAUUUGAUGUAGAAUAGGAAUAUUUUAAUACCAAUAAACACAAGCGAAGAAGUAGUAAAAUGGGAGGUUUAGGUUGCUGACGGAGAAGGGUUUCAGUUUCCGUCGACUUAAGAUGAACAAAAGAGGCAGCAGCAACAGCACACGCGUUGAGCUAAGAGCAGUAAAGCAAAGCAGAGCAAGCCACAUGGCCGAAACGUGUCGAUCAAAGCAACGCCGAUACCAUUUUGGAACUGGGGAGACAGCACAAUUACCCAAUUUUUAUAAAGUUUUCCCUUCCUUUGGGUCGAUUCCAAUUGACUUUUUUGGACCCCACUGCGCCGGGAAACUUUAAACUCGCUUUUACACCCUCUACGUGUUUGUUUAUAUUCCCCACUGCCUAACCAUUUUCUUCAACCACAAUAACCCUCUUAUUUUUUCAUCUUUUUUCAGCUCCAAUCAUAUCUCUUUUCCUUUGUUGAAACCAGUUUAAAGCAAGAUUUCAUCGCAAAAAUGGUGGUUGAGAACUCUGAGGUUGGCGAGGUCGAGUCCACAUUGAAGGAGGUGGACCAGCAGCUAAAGAAUCAUCCAUUAUCGGCCUUUGGAAGACAAUCCUCAAUCUAUUCCCUCACUCUCGAUGAGUUCCAGCACACGUUAUGUGGGAAGAACUUUGGGUCGAUGAACAUGGACGAGUUCCUUACCAGCAUUUGGAAUGCUGAAGAAAACCAAGCUACAAACUCCAUUAAUAACAAUCAUCACAACAAUGGUGUAAAUGAACAGGUUAGCAAUCAUGUUAACUUAUCUUUGAAUGAAACAGCAAGCAGUAAAGGUGUAGCUAGGCAGUCUAGCUUGCCUCGACAAGGCUCGCUUUCAUUUCCGGCACCAUUGUGUCGGAAAACUGUCGAUGAAGUUUGGUCUGAGAUAAAUAAAGUGCAGCAAGGACAAGGACAGAGUAACAAGAGCAAUGUGCAGAAUGCUGAGAAUACUAGUACUCGACAACCGACUUUUGGGGAAAUGACCUUGGAAGAUUUCUUGGUUAAGGCAGGUGUAGUUCGGGAACCAUGCGUACCACCGGCAGUACCGCCGCAUUCACAACAUCAACAACAGUUCGGGUUGCAUCAAGCUAGCAAUAACCCUGCAGUGGGUCCGAGUUUUGUUCCCAGGCCAAUUAUGGGAAUGGGUGGCAGUGGUGGCUUUGGUGGGAGUACAUAUCAAACAAUGCCUCCAAGUGGAGUCCUUGGUGACUCAUCAGGCUAUCUUAAUGAUGGUAAGGGGGGUGGCGGCUACCAGCCAGCUGCUGCCCCACUGUCAACAGCCAUCUUUUAUAACGGAAAAGUAGGUGCAGCUGGUGGCUAUGGACCGGGACAGGCAAUGGGAGUGGUAUCACCAAUAAGUCCGGUAUCACCAGAUGGGGUAUGUACCAAUCAAGUUGAUAAUGCAGCCACUCAAUUUGGGAUAGAGAUAGGUGGACUACGAGGAAGGAAAAGAAUCAUUGAUGGUCCAAUAGAAAAAGUAGUCGAGAGAAGGCAACGCAGGAUGAUUAAGAAUAGGGAAUCAGCUGCAAGGUCUAGAGCUAGAAAACAGGCAUAUACAGUUGAGCUAGAAGCAGAAUUGAACCAAUUGAAACAAGAGAAUACUCACCUCAAGCAGGCUUUGGUGGAACUCGAGAGGAAAAGAAAGCAACAGUACUUUGAGGAAUGGUCAAUGAAAACACAAACCAAAGCCCAGAAAGCUAAAGAGAAACUAAGAGUAAUGAGAAGAAAUCUAAGUGGAUUCCUAGUGCUGCCUUAUAAAAUGGCAACUGCUUCUGAUAUUAGACCAAUGGGGGUACUUAAUGUUCUUGGUGGGAGAGUGUUAUUGGAAAAUCCUACAGGCAGACUUAGCUGCCUUAAGCUCUGUGAUGGGAAAAUCGGGUUUUCAAGGGCCGGCCUAAGGUCUAUCAUGCCUCAUCUUAGAUGUUCCACCAAUUCUCACAGUGUCAGUCCGUAUCAAAACAAAGACCGUUUUCUAAACCUACAUCAUGAAGUUCCAAUGCUUAGAGGUGAAGGGAACAAUAUGAUAACCAAUCCAAGAAAAGAGAGUUCUAGUGGAAGUGUCACCGAGUUCUUAGGAGACAUGAAUAGUUCAAAUAAUAACAAUGAAGCUAAGAUCAAAGUUAUCGGUGUUGGUGGUGGUGGGUCAAAUGCUGUUAAUCGUAUGAUAGAGAGCGAAAUGCAGGGUGUAGAAUUUUGGAUCGUUAACACAGAUGUUCAAGCUAUGAAAAUGUCACCUGUCUUCCCCAAGCAUCGUUUGCAAAUCGGUCAGGAGCUAACUAGGGGUCUUGGUGCUGGUGGGAAUCCAGAAAUUGGCAUGAAUGCUGCGAAAGAGAGCAAAGAGUCAAUAGAAGAGGCUCUUUAUGGUGCUGAUAUGGUUUUUGUAACUGCUGGAAUGGGCGGAGGAACUGGAACCGGGGGAGCUCCUGUAAUUGCAGGGCUUGCGAAGUCCAUGGGUAUAUUAACUGUCGGUAUUGCCACUACACCUUUUUCUUUUGAAGGAAGACGAAGGACUGUUCAAGCACAGGAAGGAAUUGCAGCUCUAAGAGAAAAUGUUGACACGCUAAUUGUUAUUCCAAACGACAAGUUGUUGACUGCAGUUUCCCCAUCUACUCCAGUAACAGAAGCAUUUAAUCUGGCUGAUGAUAUUCUUCGACAAGGUGUUCGUGGUAUCUCUGAUAUAAUUACGAUUCCAGGGCUAGUGAAUGUGGACUUUGCUGAUGUGCGAACUAUAAUGGCAAAUGCAGGUUCUUCACUAAUGGGGAUAGGAACUGCUACUGGAAAAACAAGGGCAAGAGAUGCUGCACUAAAUGCAAUCCAGUCACCUUUGUUAGAUCUUGGUAUAGAAAGAGCCACUGGAAUCGUGUGGAACAUAACUGGUGGAAGUGAUCUAACAUUGUUUGAGGUCAAUGCUGCAGCUGAGGUUAUAUAUGAUCUUGUGGAUCCUGCUGCCAACUUAAUAUUUGGAGCAGUGAUAGAUCCAUCACUUAGUGGCCAAGUCAGUAUAACUCUAAUCGCCACGGGAUUUAAAAAUCAAGAAGAAGGUGAAAGGUCUCAGGCAGGUCAACUGGCACAGGGAGAUACUGGUCUUGGAAUUAAUCGGCGGCCUUCUUUCAAUGAAGGUGGUUCAGUGGACAUCCCUGAGUUCCUGAAGAAGAAAGGCCAUUCACGCUACCCGAGAGCUUGAAUGAUUUUCUGCAGUGUCUCAACCAAUGUACUUAUGCUUCACUCUGAAAGCACUGCUUAGUUUCACAUAAUGGUUUCCAUUUCUGGAUAUUAUAUGCAAAAGCUUGUUCGAAAAUAGAGAAUGCUAGUAGUUGGUUCUAUAUAUAGUUUGUUGCCUUAGAAUGCAAGCAGCUACACAUCCCCCCCUUCAAGAAGUUGUGUAAAUUUCACAAAUUUAGGAUAGAACUUGUUUCAGUACAUGUUUAAAUAAAACUUAGCUUGUAUAGAGUGCAUUUGAUGAUAAGUAAAGAUGAGUUUACUCGAUUUGUUUUA